CCUGGGGACAGUAUAAAACAGGUCAGAACCCUCUUGUUUACCAAUUCAGUUCAUUCCAAGAAGCAGCUGCUCCAGGAACAAAGGCGCCAUGCAGCCCCGGCUCCUCUUCGUGGCUGUCUUCCUGGUGCUCCUGGCCUCUGCCCGAGUUACAGAGGCCGAGGAUCCCUCCUUUGCGGAAACAGUGCAGGGCUAUGUGAAGCAGGCUAGGGACUGGGUGAAUGAACGCAUCAGCUCCCUGAAAGACUACUGGAGCACAUUCAAGGAAAAGUUCUCUUAAUUCUGGGAGCCUAUCCCCAAGGCCACACCACCUCUGGCCUCUGAAGUCGCCUGA